GCAAACAAACCAGGUGUUGGAAAAAAUUAGGACGCGAUUCGUGCACCUGUCAAAAUCGAAAAUGGAGGGUCGUAAUUACACACAUUCUUCUGUCUGACUCCGGGAGUUGAAGAGGUGACGAUGUAAUUCUCGCCGGAUUUCCCUGACGUCAAUUCACACAUAUUUUUGUGACAUACUUAAUUGUGACCAGGGGACUAGGAAGCCAACAGGACAGGAUGAGGACCAGUGGAUCGAGGUGUAUUUUUAGAAACCUCAUUGUUACGCUGGGCUGGAUAACAAGCUUCCAUAUUGUGAAUAUAGUCGCCUGGCCUUGUGGAUAUAAUAAUGCUAGUUGUUCAACUGAUGCGUAUGCUUCAAACCCAGAAAACUGCCGUACUUACUUUCGUUGUAAUAUUGGUAAAUGGAUAAAGCAGCCCUGUAGCGGUGCAUCAACUAGUUCUUGCGGAUCGCCGCCACAGUAUUGUAGAGCUGUCACUUGUGCCUCGACUACUAUGCUAUUGCCGUCUGCUACAACUUCGACUAAAAGAAUUACUACGUCAGCCAAAAUAUCAACGAGCAUCCAUGCAGGACCGGUUGCAACAGACUCGUUGCCCAAUACAGGGGGUUCCAGUGAUGCUGGCAUUGUAGCAGGUGUUGUGGUAGCUGUGGUACUGGUUCUUGUUGUUAUUAUACUGGGGAUGCUUUGGUGGAAAAGGAGAAAUAUGCUCUUAAGCAUGUUUAAGAGAAAACCAAAAAGGAGAGACCAAUCAAAUACGAAUGAUCAAACGCCCCAUGGCCAAGACGGUCUCUACCCGAACGGCGAACAGGUGCUGAACAACACGAAAAACACAAAUCUUUUUGAAAAUAAAGCUCCAUUGACACUUUCUCUCUCAAAUAAAAGUGACAGUUCAUCUAUAUCGAUGACCAGCAAUUCAAUAUACUCAGUGGGCCCAGAUGAAGCCUACUACAACCACCCAGACGAAACCAAAGACACUGAAAGUGCAAAAGAUACGAAACCAUGCAAAGAGCAUGUUAAUAGUACAGAGAACAAUAAAAAUACCGACCACACUUACAGCACCGUUUCAAAACCGACAAAUCAAAAAGCAGAAAACAACGACCCUUCAUUUGUUUUGAUGCGAGGAAAUUCUCUGUAUGGCUCUGCUGAUGAUGAUGAUAACGCUUCCUUCAGCAAUAUGGCCGACGAGCCUAAGUAUGCGGCAUGCGAAGAUGAUUAUACAUACACGGAACUCGUGGGCGACGAGAAUGAAAACGAGACAAAAAUGGAGGAAAGUGACUAUUACAGUACACCGGCCGAUGUUCACGAUAUAUACUACAGCGACGUGAAAUAAAAUUCAUCGUCCGUAGAAUACUCUAACUGUAAUUUAAGACAGAUCUUGCCUGGCACAGUGGAUAUUUUAAUAUACAGUAAAUAAUAAUAAAAAAAUGACUAAUUGAUAUGACACUCAAAUUCUCAUCAAGUAUCAGGUGAAAGCACCCUAUUUCACCGUAUAUAAUACUUCUCCAAGCGAGACUGGUGGAAUACAGCGUUUUUUUUUUCGAUAUAAAUGGGGUGAUUGAAUACAGAUAUUACUGACAUCAUUGACUAACCUUGCAUUAUAGCAAGUGACUGUCAGGCUUUCUAAAUUAUUACUUAUAUCCCUUUCUUGUAUGAUGUCUAAUGGUGUUUCUUUUUGCGUCUCUUAUUUGGUAUUACUUUCUGCAUUCUCCCUGUAUUUCAAACGGCACGUACUUUCAAAUAGGAAGUAGCCUACUUAAACGAAAUGAGCCGCUGAUGUUAACCAACUUUUAUGACACACCAUUUUCCACUUGUUAUGGUUAAAUGGCAUACGAUAAGUAAUCACUAUCUUGCUAGCUUUGUUUAUCAGGGGGAAUUUUUCACUAUCACGGUAAAAUAGCAAUAUGCAAGAAUGAAAAUGCAUUGGUGUACACAAUAAUACUUAAGUCAGUACCGUCCUCAGACGUUUGAGGUUUAUACUUUAAGAUAUACCGCUUCUUGCAUUUUUAAUCACCUGUAGGAAAAUCACAACAUAUGGUUUCCAUGCUGAUCACACUUUACAGGACUUAUAUAAAAAUCGUGAUAUUUUUAUCAGUUAAAUGAUACCAAACACCGUUGCCUAUAAUCUGAAUCACAAUUAAUACAUUAUCUUUACCCUGUUUGUC